UAGCGCAUGCGCAGUUAAAGGCAUCAACACUCCAUCGAUUUAAAUUUUAGCGGAAAGUGCGAAUUCCAUCAAGAAUUCCUGCAAAUUUCUAGGAAAUAUCGACUCAAACAUGACAUCGAUGGAGUCUGUAUAAACCGACCAGUAUGGAUUUGUGCAGUAUUCUUAGCAUUUUCUUUACAACAGGGUGAAUUUUAACACGACAACUCGAGCGUCGUCCAUGUGGAAUGUUUAUGAUCAGUCUUGGUGCAGCAUGUGAUAUUUACUCGUUAUAUCGAUGGUUCAUACAACGUCUCAUAGCCCAGUCAUGCUGAAGCCUAAGAGCCCAAAGACUCCUCCAACUAAGGCUAAGAAGGCAAAGGAUGUAGCAAAGCACUGGAGCCAAACGGUAAACGAAUGUAUUGUCUCCGCCGGGCCCGACGGCUUGUUAAAUUUAGUGUUGAAGGGAGGGGCCGACAACGGGCAGUUUUGUUACAUAGGGGAGGUGAAACACGAUAAAAUAAACUACCACAGCGGUAAGCUGCACCAGGAUGAGAUUAUCCUCGAAGUUCAGGGUCAGAAAGUUGCAGGGUACACGCAAAGAGACCUCCAGGCCUGGGUGAAGCAGGUCAGCCACAAUGGAGCGCCUGUCAUGUUCAAAACUGUGCACGCAGGCUUGCUCCCCAAAGAUUUACGUCAGUAUUUGAGCACCAGAUUCCAGAAAGGUUCCGUGGACCAUGACCUCCAACAGACCAUUAGAGAUAACCUCUACCUCAGAACUGUACCAUGCACCACUCGUGUUCCGAGACCUGGCGAGAUCAACGGCGUGGACUACACUUUCCUGUCCAUGGAGGACUUCCUCGCUCUGGAGAAGUCUGGGACACUGCUAGAGAGUGGAAUAUAUGAUGGUAACCACUAUGGCACCCCCAAGCCCCCCAAGGAGCCCACCCUGCCCCCAUUCCGUCGCACCAACUCUGCCAGCAUGCUUCUGCCCGGGCCACACCCCUCCUCGGAGGGCAAACGACGGCGCAACCGCUCAAACGUAGAAACCACGUCAGUACCCAAGGCCUUCAAUGAUGUAGAACAGCCGACAACGCCGGGGACGCGAAAACGUCAGCUGGAGAGGUCGAAGAGUGACCAGGAUUUGGGCAGUAAAGACAUGGGUCCCAUGCCACCGAACUGGGAGGUGGCCUACACUGAGGAAGGGAACCCAUACUAUAUUGACCACAACACUGAGACAACUCACUGGCUAGACCCGAGGUUAUCAGAGAAGAAGAAACAGUCUCCAUUAGAGUGUGAUGAAGAUGAUCGAAGAAAUAAAGUUGAAAAAGUCGAAAAAGAUCAGCAACCCUUAAAACCCACAAUGCCAGAGCUGCCUUUUGGUUGGGAGAAGGUGGAAGACCCCCACUAUGGCUGUUAUUACAUAGA